GGUGGGGGGGGGGGGGGUUGGGCCCCGGAGCGGCGCCGUGAGGCGAAGAAGGCGGGCCCCGCGGACAAAGCGCGAUGACCAAGCACCCCCCGAACAGAAGAGGGAUCAACUUUGAGGUGGGAGCCCAGUUGGAGGCCCGGGACCGAUUAAAAAACUGGUACCCGGCUCACAUAGAAGAGAUUGACUACGAAGAAGGCAGAGUCCUGAUCCACUUCAAGCGCUGGAACCACCGGUACGAUGAGUGGUUCUGCUGGGACAGUCCUUACCUGAGACCCCUAGAGAAAAUUCAGCUGAGGAAGGAGGGGCUGCACGAGGAAGAAGGACCUUCUGAAUUUCACCUCGACGAGCAGGUGUUGGCUUGCUGGUCGGACUGCCGCUUUUACCCGGCCAGAGUCACGGCUGUCCACAAGGACGGUACCUACACUGUGAAAUUUUACGAUGGAGUAAUUCAGACCGUCAAACCUAUUCACGUCAAAGCUUUUUCCAAAGACCAGAACAUCGUGGGGAAUGGUAGGCCUAAAGAGCGAGAUGCGAAGCUUUCGUCCCCUGCCCACCGAGAGACGUUUAAAGGGCCGAGAAAAGCCGUCCCCGAGGACAAGGCCUUGAGGGCCGAGCCGAGGCCCAAGCUUCCCGACAAGGAGGGGAAGCUGGUCGGUCCCGAGAAGGGCAAGACGCCCGACAAGAGCCUGCCCCGGAAUGGCAAAGAGGACAAAGAGAACAUCUCGGCCAACGACGGGGAAUUCCCGCUAGAGGCGGCGGGGGCAGCGGGCACGGCGGAGAAGCAGGCGGACGAGGACCCGGCCCGGGGCCUGCCGGAGGUCCCGCGGCAAGCCAAGCGGAGGCGAGGCCGACCCCCGGCUCUCCCUCCCUGCGUAGAUCCAAAUUCUCAAACUUUGCAGUCAAUAGCGUUGGAAUUAAGAAGACGGAAAAUCUCAAAGGGAACCGAAGUCCCGUUGAAACGGUCCCGGCUUGGCAAAAAGCCACCUCGGGAGGAUUCGCGAAGCGCCCCGGGCCGCAGGGAAAGGAACGCGACCAGGAGACGCUCGUCGAGGCUGUGUCCGAGCGGGAGCCAGGAGGCCCCGGCCCCCGACGCCGUCCCGCCAGGUCAGUUAGCGCCUGCGGCCGCCCCAUCUGCCCACUCCUCCCGGACACAAACGGUCCAGGCCCCCGGGGAUGGAACGGCGCCAUCGGCCCUCGGCCUGAGCUGCGGCUCGAUGGAAGACCGGGCCGGAGCCCCCGGCCCGCCCUCUCCGCCGGCUGAUUGGCAGAUUUCGGCCGUGACAGGUUCAGUCCCGGCGGCCGCUUUGAAGCGAGCGGGCGACCCCGGCGGGGCCUCGGGCCCCGCGCCCGUCGGCCUGGACCCCCAGUUCCGCUGCCAGGUCCCGGACUGCCUGAAGACCUUCCGCAAAGCCAAGCUGCUGCACUACCACAUGAAGUAUUUCCACGGGGUGGAGAGGCCGCCCGCGCCGGAGGACGGCCCCGAGGCCGGCCCCGUCCAGACCCGGGGCGCCCCGGCCUCCGAACGGGCCGGGCACGACGGCGCCAACCGCAAGCGGACGCCCUCCGUCUCCCUGUACACGUCUCUUCACCCGUCCCCGAGAAGCGCCCCCUCCCCGACGGACGAGAAGUCGGAGAAGAGAAAAGCGUCCACCCCCGGCUUCGACGGGGCACCGUCCGGCCCCCGGGCGGCCCUCCAGGAGAAGGGCAGGGACGGCCAGCCCGACAGGCCGCAGCGGAGACAGCAGGACAGAGACCGAGCCGAGAACGCCGGGAAGGACAAGGAGAAGAGCAAAGAGAGGAAAUUCAGAGACUUUGUGCGAUUGAAAUCGAAGAAGAAGAAGAAAAAGAAAAAGAAAUGGACACCUGACUACCCCUGCAGCGACGAUACCGACGUCAGCCCAGAUCUCUCUCCCCCCAAAGCCUCGGGCGGCACGAGGUGCAGCUCUGCCCCCCGAGCGCCCUCCCACCCGGGCCCCGCCCUCCACCGCGCCGAGGCCAGACCUCCCCCGAGCAGAGCCAAAGUGACCGAAGACGCCGACGGGAGCGGCGGCGACUCGUCCUGCGAGAGCUUCCCGUGGAGCGACGAGGAGACCAGCCAGGACGUGGACGUGUCCACCAACCCGGACGACGAGCCCGAAGGGGAGGACGGGGACCUCGAGGUGGUCCGCUGCAUCUGCGAGGUCCAGGAAGAAAACGACUUCAUGAUCCAGUGUGAAGAGUGUCUGUGCUGGCAGCACGGAGUCUGCAUGGGCCUGCUGGAGGACAGCGUCCCCGACAGUUACACCUGCUACGUGUGCCAGGACCCUCCAGGUCAGAGGCCCAGCUUCAAGUACUGGUACGACAAGGACUGGCUGAGCUGCGGCCGCAUGCCGGGCCUGCCCUUCGUGGAAGACAACUAUUCCCACCGCAACGCCCGCAAGAUCGUGGCCACCCACCAGCUCCUGGGCGACGUGCAGCGGGUCCUGGAAGUCCUGCAUGGGCUACAGCUCAAGAUGAGCGUCCUCCAAAGCCGAGAGCACCCCGAUCUCCGGCUGUGGGGUCAGCCCUGGAAGCUGCGGGCGGGGGCCGAGGCCCCCCCGGCCAAGCCCGGCCCGCAGGGGGAAGGGGUCCCCUCCUGGCGCGCCGUCAACGGAGGCCCGGCCGUGCCGGCGGAGAGGGCGGCGCCCCGGCCUCCGGCGGUGGAGUCCUACAUCAGCAGCGAGCACUGUUACCAGAAGCCGCGCGCCUACUACCCGGCCGUGGAGCAGAAGCUGGUGGUGGAGACGCGGGGGCUGGCCCUGGACGCCGACGCCACCCCGCUCGCGGAGAACGGCCACCACGCCCUGGGCCACGGGCUCGGGCUCGGCUGGGAGCCGCCCAGGGACAGGAGCCGGCCGGGGCCCAAGGCGCGAGAGUGCCCGGCGGAGCCGACGCCGGUGGCGGAGCAGGAGGCGCCGGCCGUGAGGCUGCUAGAGAUGGCGGCCGGCGAGGGCGGCGGCGGCGGCUCCCAGCUCCAGUGGCAGUUCAACCUGCUCACCCACGUGGAGUCUCUGCAGGACCAAGUCUCCCACCGGAUGGAUUUCAUCGAGAAGGAGCUGGACGUGCUGGAAAGCUGGUUGGAUUACACGGGCGAGCUGGAGCCCCCGGAGCCCCUGGCCCGCCUCCCGCAGCUCAAACACUGCAUCAAGCAGCUUCUCAUGGACCUGGGCAAGGUGCAGCAGAUGGCCUUGGGCUGCGCCACGUGAGGCCACGGGCCCCGGCGCCCACCGACCCCAGGGGCGCGGCCCAGGCCUGGCCUCCGGGCCGGCGGGACCAACGGCCUCCCUUCCUCCCCACCCCACCCGAGGACGCGUUCGGGCGCAGGCGGACCGACGGACGGGCCUCAGGCCGCGGCCGUCCCGAGAGCCGGGAACGGUUUCGGCGGGAGAGGCGCGGGCACGUGAGCGCCCGAGCGCCUUUCCCCUUCUGGGCGACGCCCCCGUCCGGAGCGGGGGAGGCCCAGGGGGUCGGUUCCCGGGCCCCGGGGCCCCUUCCCCCCUUCCCCCCCCCGGCGAAGGAUGGUUGUGCUUAUUUAUGACGGUCUCUGGAUGAGCGGCGAGGCCCCCGACGCCUCCGCGACCCGGCGAGCUUCGGAACGUGCAUCGCGGACUCGCUCUCGUCCUCCGCCGCCCGUCGCGAGACGCCGAAUGGGCCGGGGGGCCCGGCGGGCCGGGCCGGGCCGGCCGUAGGGGGGACGGGGUGGAGCCCGUGACUUUCCGGAGGGCGGCGUCUCCGGGCCCCUCGGCUCGGGCCGCGUGCCGCCGGCUCGGGCCGUGGCAUCCUGCGGGCAGAGCCACGACGCCCGGGCCGGAGAGUCUGGCGGGGGGGGGGAUGGAGAGAUCGGGAAAAGGCGUGACGUGAAGGUGAGGCAUCCCGAACCCGAAACGGCCCGCCGCUCGGCCCAGCCGAGCCCCCCGCGCCCCGGUUGCCCCCCGCUCCCGCGUCGGUUCGGGUUUCGCGGCAGCGGCGGAGCGAGAUCUAGAGCGAGACUAACGCCCGUACAGCGGAGAGGAGGUUUUAUUUUGCCGUAACGUUUGGAAUAAAGCUUAUCCAGUGCUGCUCA